AUGUGGAUUUUUUCUUCGGUAUCAAACGUUACCGUCACAUUACCACAUAGUAUGAGACAAACAGAGUCGAAUAUAAUGUUUGCAUCGAUCUGCACAUGUGAGUGCGCGAGAGAGGCGAUUCGUUACGGAAGAAAAGUGAAUGAUCCGGGAAAGUUAGAUGACGAUGUAAGCGUUCCUACCGCUAUUCCAAUCCGUAAACCACUUCAUCCUGGAUGCUCAUCGAUGUUUAUGGAAAUGUUGAAAAUGGAAAUUUUGUCGUUGAACUCUUAUCAGGAUCACACACAUUGUGUUGCACUAACGGCACGCUAUUACAACUCGCUUCAUCCUCAUGACAAAUCCCAUCUUCUUAUUUGUACUUACUUCCCGAGUUCUAUGAGAUAA